AAUCGAAUAGGGUCAAACUCAAACACAUAGACGGUCAAAAUAAAGAACCUUGGUGCGGAGAAACAAGGAGAGAAAGCUAGAAUCUAUCUACCCAAAUCUAUCUACCCAGAGCAAGCUGAGUUUUGCAAUGAACAAGGGAGGGGCAGGUGGAGGCACAAGUGCUGCAGCUGGUCCCACAGCGGCGGCUGCUGCCGCCGCCGCUCAAAAGCAGAAAUCGUUGCAGAAGAGAGUUGACGAUGACAUUGGAAGCAUCGUUGACAAUUUCAGCAUUGUUGUUAAUGUUGCCCGGGUUAACGACCCUCCCGUCAGAAACUCACAAGAAGCUUUCAUGAUGGAGGUGCGGGCAGCAAAAAUGGUACAAGCAGCGGAUUCUUUGUUAAAAUUGGUAUCGGAGCUAAAGCAGACGGCUAUAUUUUCGGGAUUCGCGUCAUUGAACGACCAUGUAGAUAAGAGAACCAUUGAGCUGAACCAGCAGGCUGAGAAGAGUGAUAAAAUGUUGGCGAGGAUCGGUGAAGAUGCAGCUGCUAGUCUUAAGGAAAUGGAAUCGCAUUACUAUUCUUCUCUUCUCAGGUCAAAGUCAAACCAACAUUCGCAACAAUGACUUCCACAUGCCUGUGUUUAAUUUGUCGGUCGUUCUAACUUAUUAGAUGUAAGAAAGUUAUCAUAUCUAUCUUGAUUGAUGAUGAUUUAUCAGCAUUGGAGUUAUCUUGAGCCGUUGUUUGUUUUCG